GAAACUUGAACUUGAAUUAUUGUGUAUCAACAAGCUUUGGAUUUACUAUCUCUCUCUCUAGAUCUAGAUCUAGUCUAGAUCAUGUGGUAGAUCUUUAUUAUACUAAUUAUAGAUCUAGAUUUUAAAUCUAGAUUAGUAUAGAAAUCUAGAUUAAUCUAGGUCUAUUUCAGGAUUGGGCUGGCGAUACUAAACUAAAGCGAUAAAACUUAAAAACUGAGCUAAAAAUAAAGAAGAAUCAUGAAAAUUGCUGUAGAAGGCUGUUGUCAUGGGGAAUUAGACAAAAUUUAUGAAACUAUCAAAGAAUUAGAAAAACAGAAUGGCUUUAAGGUUGAUCUCCUGCUUAUUUGUGGUGACUUUCAGUCAGUUAGGAACUUUGAUGACCUUCAAGCGAUGGCAGUCCCACCAAAAUAUCAGCAACUGAACACAUUUUACAAAUACUAUAGUGGAGAGAAAGUGGCACCUGUGUUGACAGUUUUCAUUGGAGGAAACCAUGAGGCGUCUAACUACCUUCAAGAGCUGCCUUAUGGGGGAUGGGUGGCACCCAAUAUCUAUUACAUGGGCUAUGCUGGUGUCAUACAAGUUGGAGGUGUUCGCAUCGGUGGAAUAUCUGGUAUCUACAAAGGUCAUGAUUACAACAAGGGUCAUCAUGAAUGUGCUCCAUAUGAUGAGGGGACAAAGAAAAGUGUCUACCAUGUCCGCAACUUGGAAGUUUUUCGGCUGAAGCAGAUUACAAGACCAGUGGAUAUAUUUUUGUCACAUGACUGGCCGAGAGGCAUCUAUCAUCAUGGUGAUACUGCAGGCCUUAUAAAGAAAAAGCCAUUCUUUCAAAAAGAAAUAGAAGACAAUAAACUUGGCUCUUGGGCCCUAACAGAGCUGAUGACACACUUGAAGCCCACAUACUGGUUCUCUGCUCACCUUCAUGUCAAGUUUGUUGCUCAUGUACAACAUGAGGUAUUGUCUGACUCACAAUCUGCUAAAUCAACAAAGUUUUUAGCACUAGAUAAAUGUUUACCUCGUCGGAACUUCUUACAGGUUGUGGAUGUACCCCAGAAAGAAGAAAGUUUGAAAAUUAAAUUGGAUGCAGAAUGGCUUUCAAUUCUCCAGUUGACAGAUCAUUUAUUGAACUUAACACCCAGAGUUCGAUAUAUGCCUGGUCCUGGUGGCAGAGAAAGAUUUGACUUUAAAAUAUCCGAGAAAGAAAUUGAAAACAUAACAUCUCUGUUUGGUAAUGAUCUCACUUUGCCAGAAAACUUCCAACCGACAUCCCCUCCUUUGGAGAACAUUCAUGCUCGUGGCAGGAGGCAAACCCUUAGUGUUCAGGUCAAUCCCCAAACCACACUCCUCUGCACCAUGCUGGAGAUUACUGACCCUAACGCCAAGCUGCUAGGGAAAACUUCACAGGAACUCUUGGAUGAGAGCCGCAUCGGACUCACUAGUAGAGCUGAGGAGGACAAUAGUGGUGACGAUGUGGUGGAUGAUGACAGCGAUGAAGAUAUGCCCAGUACCAUUGACAGCACACUGGACAUCUCUGGUUUAUCAACAAGCACCUCCUCAAACAUGGACAGCUUUCAUACAGCCAAAGAUCUUUCCUUACUUCAAAGCGGCGAGUCUCUAAAUCUAUCAACAGCUGCUACAUCGACACCAUAUCAAAGCCCAGUAGGGGUGAAAGGAAACCCUCGAAACAUAACCAUACAGGAUGAUGAUGAGGAGUUCUUAUCCAUUUUGUCUGCUCAGAAAAAUAAAAGCAGCUCUCGCUCAUUGCAUGAUUCAGACAUUUUGUGUGAUGAAGCUUCCGCUGCAGCUCACACUGAACCUGAGCUUAAAGAGGCUGACACUUCGGCUACUGACAUCUCAGCUCCCUACUCACUUAAGUCUGAACGCUCCAGCCUUGGCAUGUCAGGCUUGUGCCUCGACUCGUCCAUGUUGUCCUCCCCCCCAGCCUCAUUUUCCUUGAAGAAAAGGAGCAGUGAUGGUGGGGAAAACCAGGAAGUAGCCUCUGAACAGCUGGCAUCUGAGAAGAACUCUGGGAAUGGCUGUGCUGUGAAGAAAUUCAAGAGAAGGAAUGUUUCUGUGUACUCAGAACCUUCAGACUGAACUCUAAACACAAAAAUUGUGUGACUGAAUGCAUUGUAUGUGAUACAAUCAAUUUUUGUUUUAUGGCACUGUUGGCUUAGAAAUAAUGUGUAAUUUAAUAGAAGAACUAUUUCUGUGGAUCACUUCUACAGGCAGCAGGGAACUGGAAAUAUUUUUUUAAUGCUGUAAUUUGGUUGAAUCAUUAGUUUUUAAAAUUAUUUUUUAAAAUGUGUUUUUCAUGAUUUUAGAAAUGUUUUGAAAUUUAAACUCUUUUGUAAAUUGUCUUAAUUGUUGUUACCCUUCAUGAUGACAGUCAUUCAGUGGGGAAAAAAUCAAAUAAGGGAUGUAAAAUGCUGACAAUGAUUAAAAAAAAUAAUAAAUUAAAAAUAAGACAAAUCUUGAUCUCUAACAAUAACUAGAGAUCUCAUGAAAUCAUUUAAUUAACUGGAAAUCAAGUAUUUAAUAUUAACUCUUUGCAGGCGCAGUAUAAGUUGCUAAUUUUGCCAUAAAAAUAUUUCUUUUGAGUGUUCAUUUGUUUCAUAUUUUUUGUAGGUAAACUACAAUUUUGUUUUUGUAAUUCAAUCGUUGGUUUGGAAUAGGUAAUUAGAAAAAAAUAUUGAUCAAUAAUUUCUGCAUUUAUAUCGUACCAUAAUUUGACAUUCUUUUAUAGUCUUAAGCAUCUGAGUAAUGAAAUGAGUAAUCAGUUUGUAUAAAUAGUAAAUAUUACAUUGAGUUGGGCUGAUGGAACACUGUCAUUUUUGAAUGUUUUAACAUAAUGUGUUACAGACUUUACAUUGACAGUGUUUAUAAACAUAUGAGAAUUACUAUACAUCAUGCUUACUUAUACAAUACAAUUUUAUAGAAAAGUA